UGCAUGCCCUUGGACACACCCUGACAACAUUUGAGUUAUCCCACAGAAGAAAGUGAACAGUCGCAUAUCUUAUCUCAGGUCUGGUACAAAUGGGUGUACCAGACACAACCCAGAUGCCUCCAGUCUCAGUCGUCUUCUUUCAGCCGCAGGAACACAGUUGCUGCUGUAAGGUUAACUUAUGGGAGUAAUGUUUGACAAAUGGAUUAAUUGAAGCAGAUGACAGACUGCUGCACCCUAUAGAGCAGACAUAUUUGCAGUGCCUUUAAAAGCUGGACUUGCUGACACAUGCCAGGCCUGUGUUGGCCACAAAAGGAAAAUCAUAAGAUGGAUUUGAAGCUUUACAUAAGUACAAUGCUGAUUUGUUUCUGGAUGUGGCAAGAUCUUGCUUAUUCAGACGCCAGUGAGUGUUUAAGAGCCAAAGCAUGGUCAUGUGGACAAUGCAUACAAAGUGGGAGAAAUUGUGGAUGGUGCACAAAAGAUGAUUUCUUGCAGCCAGGAGAGUCAUCAGUGACACGCUGUGAUGAUAUAGAAGAACUAAAAAGGAGAGGAUGUACGAUGGAAUAUAUUGAAAAUCCCGAAGGUUCAUUGAGAGUAAAUACCAAUAAAAGCCUAACUGGCCAUGUAAGUGAUGUGAAGAAGCUGGAAGACAUCAUACAAAUUCAACCACAGAGUCUAACCCUAAAAUUACGAUCAGGAGAACCACAAACCUUCUCAUUGCAUUUUAAGAGAGCUGAAGAUUAUCCCAUUGAUUUAUAUUUUCUUGUGGACCUCUCCCUUUCUUCGGAAAAUGAUUUGGAAAACAUGAAGACAUUGGGAAUUAAACUGAAGAAGGAAAUGAGGAACAUAACUUCUGAUCUCAGAAUUGGGUUCGGCACAAUAGUGAAAACUCCUUGCCCAGCUGGUAAAACAUGUACAGGUCGAUCCAGCUUCAUAAACAUUCUGCCAUUAACUAACAAUAGGGCAGAGUACAGCAAACUUGUUCGGAGCCAGACCAUUGCAGCAGGUCAGAAAUCUUCAGCAGGGGGUGUUGAUGCAAUCAUGCAGGUUGCUGUCUGUGGGGGUAAUAUUGGUUGGCGAACUGCCACUCGACUACUUGUCUUCUAUAGUAAUGAAGCACUUCACUUUUCUGGGAAUAAGAGACGUGGCAGAUUGUUGCCAAGUGCUGGGAACUGCCACCUUGACACUCAGGGUGUCUAUGUAAUCGGUCGCCAUCAGAAUUAUCCAUCCAUUGCUCAAUUGGCACAGAAACUUAAUGACAAUAAGAUACAGCUUCUCUUUGCUGUUAAGGAUGAACUAAAAGAUGCUUACAAGGCACUCCAAGUUCACAUUCCAAAGUCUGAAGUUGGAAAUCAAACAGCAAUCGAGUUAAUCAAAGCCUAUCAUACCUUGUCAUCUAAGGUUAUCCUGGAUAACAGCAAAUUACCUGAAGGAGUUUCAAUACAUUAUACAGCUUACUGCAAAAAUAAUAUCAUUCAAACAGGACAACAUGGGAGAAAGUGUUCUGGUAUUCAAGUUGGUGAAGAGGUGAGAUUCACUGUAAGUAUUACAACAGAAAAUUGCCCAAACUAUGGGCAGCCAACAACUAUUGAAAUUAAGCCACUGGGAUUUAAUGAGAAUGUUGAAAUUAAACUGAAGUUCCAGUGUGAAUGCGAAUGCCAUAAACAUGGGAUCGCUAAUAGUCUUGUAUGUAACAAGGGCAAUGGAAUACUCGAAUGUGGAGCCUGUAGAUGUAAUGAAGGUUAUAUUGGACAAUUUUGUGAAUGCAGCCUUGAUGAAGCAUGGAGCGAGGACUCCGAUGUUUCGUGUAGAAAAGAUAAUACAUCUCAAAUCUGCAGUGGCCAUGGAGAUUGCAUCUGUGGAGCAUGUGUCUGCAGAAAGAGAGAAAAUCCUCAUGAAACCAUCUAUGGCCGAUAUUGUGAAUGUGAUAAUUUCAAUUGUGAUCGGUCUGGUGGUUUGAUUUGUGGAGGACAUGGCAUUUGUACAUGUGGAACAUGUCAAUGCUUUCCCAAUUUCACAGGCAGUGCCUGUGAUUGUUCAUUGAACACGUCGUUAUGUGUUUCAGCCGAUGGAAUGUUAUGUCAUGGCAGAGGAAUUUGUGAAUGUGGACGGUGCAAAUGCACAGACUCGAAGUAUGUUGGGCCAACCUGUGAAUAUUGUCCAACCUGUGAAGGUGUCUGUACCAUUCAUAGGGAUUGUGUUCAAUGUAAAGCCUUUAACAGUGGACCCAAGAAAGACAUCUGUGAUCAGUGUGGGUUUGAAGUAACCAUGGUGGAACACAAGAAUCAGUUGUCAAAACAGCAAUGUGUAUUUAGGGAUGUGGACAACAGAUGGUUCUACUUUUCAUAUGUUGUUAACGACCAGAAUGUUCCGGUGGUACAUGUAUUAAAACUCUAGGUGAGAAUGACAAUGUGAAUUUUACAGUGUGGAUUUGCUUCAAGCUCAACCAUUGUGAUUCCAUAGAGAUCCAGCAGUCAAGUGGGAAUUGGGAAACAUGAGGGUAGGGUGUUGAUUUGGAAUCCUUGAUCAGUCUAGGUAAAUACUGUUAUUUGUCAAAAGAGAUGAAAGAUUACUUAGCUAAAUAUUCUUUUUAAAUUUGGUAAUAUAUUUUAACAAAUAACUUUUGGUUUACUAUUAAGUGAUUGUGUACAGGUUUUUUGUAUAAUGGAGUCUCACACGCAAUAGAACAUAAAACAUUACUGUACAGGAGCAGGCCUUUUAAUGAUGAAGGUCUCGGCCGGAAUCGUCGACUCUACUCUUUUCCAUAGAUGCUGCCUGGCCUGCUGAGUUCCUCCAGCAUUUCGUGUGUGUUGCUUGGAUUUCCAGCACCUGAGAUUUUCUCUUGUUUGUGACAAGCCCCUUAGCCCACAUUGUUGUGCUGAACCGACUAAAUUAGUAAUCAAGUAGCCCAAGGGUCCCCAACCUUUUUUGCACCGCAGACCGGUUUAAUAUUGACAAUAUUCUUGUGGACUGGCCG